AUGGCAACGACGAACGGAAACUUUCCGGCGAACUUUCCGAUUCUUGAUGGGAGAAAUUAUGAUCAGUGGAGUAUGAAGAUGAAGGCGAUCCUCGAUUAUCAAGAUGUGUGGGAUCUGGUGGUGAACGGACUUGAUCCGUUGCCGGUGAAUCCAACCGCUGCGCAACAAGCGAUAUAUAGAGAUGCGAAGAAGAAGGAUUGCAAAGGUUUGUGCAUUCUGCAUCAGUGUGUGAAUCAAGCAAUUUUUGAGAAAAUUGCGAGAUCGGAGACGAGCAAAGCGGCGUGGGAUGUUCUCGCGAGCUCCUACGCCGGUGAUCAGAAAUUGAAGAAAGUACGGCUUCAAACUCUAAGGCGAGAGUAUGAAUUGCUAGGCAUGGAAGAGAGUGAGACAAUUGCUACCUAUUUCACUCGUGUUCAAACCAUGACAAAUCAAAUGCAAUCGUGUGGUGAAACUCUGUCUGAUGAGAAGAUUGUUGAGAAGAUAUUACGAUCGGUGCAUUCGCGAUUUGAUCAUGUCACGAUAGCGAUUGAAGAAUCGAAGGAUCUAUCAACGCUAAAAUUGGAGGAGCUUCAAGGAUCACUUGAAGCACAUGAACAACGAAUGAAUGAGAGGAAGUCUGUGAAGCCUAGCACUGAACACGCACUUAUGGCAAAAAGUGGAAACAGAAGUCGUGACAGUCAAGGAGGACGUGGCAGAAGUAGAAACAAUUACAGAGGAGGAAAAGACAGAGGUAACAAUUGUAACUCAAACUCUGGUAGAGGAAACUCUAGUAAUAAUUACAAUAGUGAACAAAAGAACAAUAGCAGUGAAAAUUAUAGAAGAAGAGGUGGAAGAGGUGGUAGAGGAAGAGGUGGAAGAUGA